UCUUCGCUCUCAAUCUAUCAUGCUCUUGAUGUCAGAAGAUCAAAGUUUGUUGCAUGAUACGAACUUAUUGUGGGAAAAAACGAAUUCACAAAAGCAGAAGAAUGAAAAGGUCGAAGGUCUCAUGAAUAAGAAGCGAAAUCGAGAGCUCAACAAAGUUAGCAGUGCAGAAGGAAAUGCUGAAAAGAGUCGCGAAUCUGAUCACGAAAUGCAUAUAUGGACUGAGAGAGAAAGGAGAAAGAAAAUGAAAAACAUGUUCGCUAGUCUUCAUGCAUUGCUUCCCCAUCUUCCUUCUAAGGCGGAUAAAUCAACGGUCGUGGAUGAAGCAGUGAGCUACAUCAAAAAUCUUGAGAGAACCCUGGAAAAGCUUGAGAAGCAGAAAGAAGAAAGGGUCCGAUGUGGGCCCACGUUUUGGAAUGAGUCAUCACCGUCCAUGUUCACUGCUCAGGGACUUUCUUCUAAUUACGGCUUUUCGAACGCGAUUAUGGGAACUUCUUCAAACGCACUUUUAUUCCCUGCACAGCAGCAGCCCGUAGCUUUUGAUAAAACGUGGGCCUCUUCAAACAUGGUCUUGAAUGUUUGUGGAGAUGAGGCCCAAUUCUGCAUUUGCGCGGCCCAUAAACCAGGUCUCGUGUCCACCAUAGUUUUUGUGCUUGAUAAAUACAAGAUAGAGCUUGUAUAUGCCCACAUUUCGUGCCUUGGGAAUGGAAAUGCAAUCAUGAUUCAAGCUCACGGAAAACGAGCUUCACAUCAGUUCCUGGAUGCAAAUUCAGUGGAAGAAAUUUACAGGCAAGCUGCGGGAGAGAUUCUUCUAUGGAUCGCUUAAACCUUUGGAU